AUGGUUCAUCUAACGCGUUGUCGUAAUGGUUGUGGUUUCUACGGUUCUGCUGAAAACAAAAACUUUUGUUCAAAGUGUUACAAAGAUUGCAUCGAAGAAAACACCAAAGCAUCAGAAAUGGAAGGUCCUGUUCUUGGUUCAUCAUCUCCUUCUCAAAAACAGAGUGUUUCGGAGAGCUCUGUAACUGAUUUCUGUGCAGCUAUUGAUUCUAUUACUCUCACAGACACUACAACCAUCAAGAAGAAAAAUAGGUGCAAUAGUUGCAACAAAAAAGUUGGAAUACUUGGAUUCGAGUGUCGCUGUGGAGAUUUAUUUUGUGGAAGACAUAGAUACCCAGAAACACACUCAUGUAAUGUUGAUUGGAAAAACAUUGGUCGCCAAAUUUUGGCCAAACAAAACCCAAAAUGUGUUGGUGACAAAUUAGAUUCAAGGAUAUAGGAUAUG